GUAGUUUCUGACGUUUGGGUAAUCAAAACAAUUUUGCCGUGUGAUAAAAGUGUUUACAUUUUGAUAAAAAUGACGAAUUCUACCUGUGAAAAUAGCCCAAAUUAGUCAAGAAAGGUGCCAGGGAAUCUUCAAGCACGUGCAGGAGAGGAGAAACGGAAGAAAUGGCUGGGAAGAAGCAGGAUUAUCGGGGUAAAACUGCCCAGGAUUUGGAGGUUACAAAGAUUCUGAGUAUUGUUGCUCUGAUUGGGAUAGGAAUCUGUGUAGCUUAUUUGUCCUACGAGGACAAUUUGUACUCUGUUGGGCAGUUUUGGAUGUCACCAGUUUUGAUAAUGCUGAUUGUUAAUGAACUGGGGAAGUAUCAGCUGUUUAACCUGCUCUUCCGGGAGGAUAGAACGCUCAAUCCGAGGGAGAAUGUGGGACUGAGGAAGAGGAAGUCUUUCAGGAGUAGAAUUGUGGAUGGGAUUAAGUUUGUGGGCGCGAUGGGGAUGUUCCUGGGAAUUUAUGCUGCCAUUUGUAUUGCUCUGGGGGCUCCGGCAUUGGAGAAGCACGAGGAGACAUUCACAUUAGCUGGAGUCCUGACGAUUCUCACAGUUUUCCCAUUGGUGAUUUUCCUGGGCAUUUCCGGAUGCUUGCAGUUUCUGUGGACAGAGACACUGGACAGUGUGAGCAAGGUGGAUGCUGCCUAUGUGAAAUUGGCCAAGAUCUCAGCUGCUGGGGCAAUAUUUGGUGCCUGGAGUGGCUCAAUUGUGGCUCCACUUGAUUGGGACAGAAGGUGGCAAGUCUAUCCGAUUCCCAAUAUUGUAGGAGCUCUCCUUGGCUAUACCCUUGGAGAUAUACUUGUCCUCUGUCAGCAGCUCAUCUCCAGCAUUUUUCCAUCAUUCAGCCUAUUUCCAUGAGACACCAAAAAGAGAACUUGAGCGACAGAAGAAGACACUCAAGAGCCAAGAAAAAGCAAUUUUUAGGAGAGUUACCAAAGAAGGUCAAACACUCGACUUUCGUAUUCACUUUUUUUUCAUUAAAAAAAAUAUUGUGUUUCUUUAUUAUUUAAAUUAUAUACAAAGAUUUCCUAACAACUACUUUUUGAGAGAAAAAUUUGAUAAAAAUAACAUUGAUGGUGAAAAUGA